AUGCCGACCAUCGUGGAAUAUGGUGAUAAGGCGGCCGAAUACGCGUCCUAUCUAUUGAACCACGGUCAAUGUACCGCUGAGGCCGCGGUUGACUUCAAGUUACGGACUGAACGUUUGGUCACGUCAUUCGUUUCGUCCUACUGGCGGAACGUGGCAUGCCGGUCGACGACCACCGAUCGCGCGUUGUCCGAUUGUCUGGUCGCCAAUCUCCAGUUCACCGCCAAUUCGACCAAACUCGGAGACUUGUCGGUCGGACAAUUUGCUAUGUGUCUGAAUGCAAAGUUCAUCGCCAGUCGACGCUGGGACCAGCUUUCUGCUCCAGGACGGGACGUCCCUAGAGUCCGACUAUUCCGGCCGGAAAUCCGAGAACCGUGCGAACGGUUUACCGGCGUCCAACAUCUACUGGAUCUGACGGCUACUGGCGACGACGAUGUCGAUGACCGGGUGUUUGGCAGCAGCCAUGUGGAGCACAUGGAACCAUACGUGAUGACCCAAAGAGUGGUGGAGUACGCUUCUAGAUACUGCCGCCAUCAAGUCCGGUAUUUCGCACUCACUGACACGCUGGUGUUCAAGUUCACGGACGGCGCACCCGGCGAUUUGAUUGAGAAACAUUACAACCACCGGUUCGCUGGACCUAAAGACUUUAGGGAUUUUCAUUUUGAACUGUUCAAUACCGCAGAAUUUUUCAGGUCAGUUGAUGUAUAUAAAGUAUGUAAUAUAGACCCCUAUGAAUAGUAUAUCAUAUUGUGCCAAGAACAAUGACGAUAGGUUGCUUUUUAAAACAAUCGAAUAGUGUUUUCGAAAUAUAUUUAUUAUAUGUACACGACCACGACGAUUAUCAGGGGGCCGGACUUAUAUAACUUCUGAGGAUUUCUACCGGUAUCGCGGUAAGAUUGGUGAGGUCAUUCGUGGACACGGCCCGAUAAUAUUAUGUUUUCGUCUGAACAGACACGAUGAUAACGAUGGCGAUUCAAACCACCCGCGUUUACCCGCGGACGAUUAUCCCAACGCUUUUGUGUACCGGGAAUUUGGUUACUCGGACAUGGACAACAAUAUAAUGAACUACGUGUCAGUCAACGGUGAGACCACGGUUUGUGUAGAAUCGUACAGGCUAAACGGGACUUCGCAGAUCAGCGGUGACAAUUGCGAUCUAAAGUACGAGCAAAGAAAUCGAGUGAAAGUGAAGUUCGGUAAGUUUUGGUUAGCCGUCCACGGUAUUGGGACGUCGGCUGUUGAACUGACUGUAGGCUUACAUGACGGUGCCAUGAUCACGGUUACUACGAGCAAAUAUGGUGACCGUGUUUUCCACGACGAAGGGUUCGACGUGGUCUACCGGCGGACGGACAGCGGUUUUCAGGUCUACGAAGGUGACGUUCAGUACACGUGGCCCGACGGCCGACCACUGUUAGUGUGCGAUUACCCUAUCGUGGAGGUCGAGGCAGCUGACGGCACAAAAACCAUCGUGGAUUUCGUUAAUUCGGUGUGCCGGGUUCACGUGUCGGACGGCGCCAAGUUACGGGUGCGGUUCUGUACGGCUAGUGGCGUGGAGUUCUGUCAUCCGGGUGCAGCCAUAACCAACAUCGGAGACGGCGGACCUUCCUCGGCCGGACGCCAACACUGUAAAUACCUGGUGUGUCGUCGAGACAUGUCCGGCUACGAGUUCGUCGAAAGCGACCAGUCGUCCGCGUGGCCGCCACAUGCCGCCUCUGUCAUCAGGACGUUGACCCGCAGCUGUUUCGAUGGCCAGACUUCGAGGCUGGUGAACGAGCUAUUGAUUGAUUAUCUAAAGACUGACGAAAUGUUGGCUUAUCAGCUGAACGCCGAAUUCUCCGAGGACUCCGAAUCCGGUCUAGAAAAGUCGUCGCAGAUCGACGAAGAAGAAUGCUGGGGCGGUAGUGGCGUAUUCGAUUUUUAG